AUGCGGCAAGCCUGCACACUGCAACAUACCUCCCACGAAGUCAAUCUUGGACCCCACACUUUCAAACUUUGGGAAGUUUCGUCGCUCCAAUCAAUGGGUUUUUUCCGGACCUUAUUCACAAAAUGGCGCCUGAAAAAGUCAUACAAAAAAUUGUACAGAGACGAUAGUGUCUACCUCCUCUUGUAUUGCAUAAGGGGGUCGAGGGCCCAGAGGGCACUAGUCAGGGAUUAUAAAUUUUUCACCGACAUAGUCGGCUCUGCCUCCACUGCGGCAGGCGGCGUACCAAUCGCCGCUGUGGUCACCUCCUUGGAAGAUCAUCCUACGGACAUGGAUAAGUGGUGGGCGAAGAACGAAGACAACCUGAAAAGCCUCGGGAUGCGGUUCUCCGCACACGCUUGUAUCACAUCGCUCCCUGACGAACCAAAUGCAUCACCCAUGAUGCGCGCACGUCGACAGCGAUCAGAACAAGCUAUCCGCAGUCUCAUUUAUGACCCCUAUCAAACAGGUACCCAGACACCUCGCAGUUCCAGGCCAGCUUAAGUUGUCAAGCUUACUUGUGCAAUACGGUUCUCGAAUGUUAGCCUCAGGUUACUACGCAUGCUACUUUAUG